UGCUCUCGCCGCGCCCCCUGCACCCACCUUCUGUGUCCCCUCUCCCCGUGCCCCUUCUCCCCGACGCUCGCGCGUUCACGCGCCCCCUCCCCCCGGCGCUCCUGGCGCGCGUCGGGCCCGGGGCGCGCGCUGGCCGGGAGCGGGAGCGGGCGCCAGAGGGUGGGGGCCGAGGCGGACCGGCGAGCGGCCUCCUCGCGCGACCCCCGACCCCGUCGCCCAGCCCCUCGGCGAGAGCCCGUCAGAAAACACAGCCAUCUUCAUGUGUAAAUGCUGUAACCUUUUCUCACCAAGUCAGUCAGAACUCCUCUCCCACGUUUCUGAGAAGCACGGGGAAGAAGGGGUUAAUAUUGAUGAGAUCGUCAUCCCCCUGAGGCCUCUGAGUACUCCAGAACCUCCCAACGCAAGCAAAACGGGAGAUGAGCUGUCCCUCAUGAAGAGGAGGAGAGGCCGGCCUAAGGGAUCCACCAAGAAGCCCGGCGCUGAAGAGGAGCUGGCGGAGAGCCUCGUGAGCCCGAGCGAGGACAGCGCGCUGGCCCUGGGGGACGGGGGUGGCCUGGCCCCACGCAGCCUGGAGUGCCCCAAGUGCUGCCGGAAGUUUUCCAACAUGCGGCAGCUGCGCAAGCACAUCUGCAUCAUCGUGCUGGACCUGGGCGAGGACGAGGGAGCCGCAGGUAACGAGUCUGACCUUGAACUGGAAAAGAAGUUUAAGGAAGAAGAUGGAGAAAAGGCCCCGAGGAGGCCGCGGACACAGAGAACAGAGAAAGUCCAGAAGACCUCGGGAAAGGAGGCCGGGCAGGUUUCCGGAGCAAAGAAACCCAUCAUAAGCGUGGUUUUAACUGCACACGAAGCUAUUCCAGGUGCCACCAAGAUUGUUCCCGUGGAGGCUGGGCCCCCAGAAACAGGAGCCACAAACCCCGAGGCCACCUCGGCCGACCUGGCACCUCGGAGAGGGUACCAGGAGUACGCCAUUCAGCAGACGCCGUAUGAGCAGCCCAUGAAGUCCAGCAGGCUCGGGCCCACCCAGCUCAAGAUCUUCACCUGCGAGUACUGCAACAAGGUCUUCAAGUUCAAGCACUCGCUGCAGGCGCACCUGAGGAUCCACACCAACGAGAAGCCGUACGCGUGCUCCCACUGCAGCUACGCCAGCGCCAUCAAGGCCAACCUGAACGUGCACCUGCGCAAGCACACCGGCGAGAAGUUCUGCUGCGACGACUGCUCCUUCACCUGCCUGAGCAAGGGCCACCUGAAGGUGCACGUGGAGCGCGUGCACAAGAAGAUCAAGCAGCACUGCCGCUUCUGCAAGAAGAAGUACUCGGACGUCAAGAACCUCAUCAGGCACAUCCGGGACGCGCACGACCCGCAGGACAAGAAGGUGCAGGACGCCCUGGACGAGCUCCGCCUGCUGACCAGGGAGGGCAAGCGGCAGCUGCUGUACGACUGCCACAUCUGUGAGCGCAAGUUCAAGAACGAGCUGGACCGCGACCGCCACAUGCUGGUCCACGGCGACAAGUGGCCCUUUGCCUGCGAGCUCUGCGGCCACGGGGCCACCAAGUACCAGGCGCUGGAGCUGCACGUCCGGAAGCACCCCUUCGUGUACGUCUGCGCCAUCUGCCUGAAGAAGUUUGUCAGCUCCAUCAGGCUGCGCUCCCACAUCAAGGAGGCGCACAGGGCCGCCCAGGAGACCUUGGUCUUCACCAGCUCCAUCAACCAGAGCUUCUGCCUCCUGGAGCCUGGGGGGGACAUCCAGCAAGAAGCCUUGGGGGGCCAGCUGCAGCUGGUGGAAGAGGAGUUCGUGUUCCAGGAGGUCAGUGCCCCCAAGGAGGCGGACUGCCCUGGGGAGGCCCAGCCUGAGGAAGGACGGAAGGGGCUGGAGGCCCCGGUGGGGGUGCCUGCUCUGCUGGUGCACGUGGCCACCCCCCAUUCCGAGAGCCCCACCCUGUCCUCCUGUGAGCUGGGAGCUGCGGAGGUCGCCUCGGACCUCCAUUCGCACGUGGUAGUUUCAGCUGACCUCUUGUUGAGAAACGAUACCUCCUCGGCUGAGGCCCAUGCUGCUCCUGAGAAGACCCUGGACACCCAGCACGGGGGCUCUGUCCAAACUCAGGGCGAAGGAGUCAAGCCGCUGCUGCCCCCGGCCAGAAGCCCCGAUCCAAACCAGGAGACCCAGGGCGCCCAGGAUCCCCCAGGGGAAGGGCCGAAGACGGCUGCCCUGCCACCCGAUGGACCAGAUCCCAGUGGGUGUCUCAGGUCAAACCCAGAGGAGGCCUCAGACCUGCCUCCGGUAGCCGGUGGGAGGGACGUGGCGCUGGACCAGCCUGACUCUUGCACAGCUGCCCCCGAGCACCGGGCCAGCAUGAGUGCGUUCAUGAGGAUCCUGGACAGUUUGCAGAAGAGGCGAAUGGACACUGGCUUGUGCGAGAGGAUCCGGAAGGUGUACGGAGACCUGGAGUGUGAAUACUGUGGCAAACUUUUUUGGUACCAAGUGCAUUUUGAUAUGCAUGUCCGCACCCACACCCGGGAACAUCUGUAUUAUUGCUCCCAGUGUCAUUAUUCUUCCAUCACCAAAAACUGCCUUAAACGCCAUGUAAUUCAGAAACACAGUAACAUCUUGCUGAAGUGUCCCACUGACGGCUGUGACUACUCGACUCCAGAUAAAUAUAAGCUGCAGGCCCAUCUUAAAGUUCACACAGAGCUGGACAAAAGGAGUUACUCUUGUCCUGUGUGUGAAAAGUCUUUUUCAGAAGAUCGGUUGAUAAAGUCACAUAUCAAGACGAACCAUCCCGAGGUCUCCAUGAGCACCAUCUCCGAGGUGCUUGGGAGGAGGGUUCAGCUGAAAGGGCUAAUUGGAAAGAGAGCCAUGAAGUGCCCGUAUUGUGAUUUCUAUUUCAUGAAGAAUGGCUCCGACCUGCAGCGUCAUAUUUGGGCUCAUGAAGGUGUGAAACCCUUCAAAUGCUCUUUGUGUGAGUAUGCAACUCGCAGCAAAAGUAACCUCAAGGCCCACAUGAAUCGUCACAGCACUGAGAAAACGCACCUAUGUGACAUGUGUGGCAAGAAAUUCAAAUCCAAAGGGACGUUGAAAAGCCACAAGCUCCUUCACACCGCUGAUGGGAAGCAGUUCAAGUGCACGGUGUGUGACUACACGGCGGCCCAGAAGCCCCAGCUGCUGCGGCACAUGGAGCAGCACGCCUCCUUCAAGCCUUUCCGCUGCGCCCACUGCCAUUACUCGUGCAACAUAUCCGGCUCUCUGAAGCGCCACUACAACAGGAAGCACCCCAACGAGGAGUAUGCCAACGUGGGCGCCGGGGAACUGACCGCUGACACGCUCCUUCAGCAAGGGGGUCUGAAGUGCCCGGUGUGCAGCUUCGUAUACGGCACCAAAUGGGAGUUCAACAGGCACUUGAAGAACAAACACGGCCUGAAGCUGGUGGAGAACGAAGGCGAGCCCAAGUGGGAGCCAGCAACAGAAAUGGCUGAGGAGCCCUCCACCCAGUACCUGCACAUCACAGAAGCCGAAGACGUUCAGGGGACACAGGCAGCCGUGGCCGCACUCCAGGACCUGAGAUACACAUCUGAGAGCGGUGACCGACUCGACCCCACAGCUGUAAACAUCCUUCAGCAGAUCAUCGAGCUGGGUGCCGAGACCCACGAUGCCACUGCGGUUGCCUCGGUGGUUGCCGUGGCUCCAGGGACGGUGACCGUGGUGAAACAGGUCACCGAUGAGGAGCCCAGCUCCAACCACACGGUCAUGAUUCAGGAAACCCUCCAGCAGGCGUCCGUGGAGCUGGCCGAGCAGCACCACCUGGUCGUGUCCUCCGAUGACGUGGAGGGCAUCGAGACGGUGACCGUCUACACGCAGGGCGGGGAGGCCUCGGAGUUCAUCGUCUACGUGCAGGAGGCCAUGCAGCCCAUGGAGGAGCAGGCCGUGGCGCAGCCCGCUCAGGAGCUGUAGAGGACGUGCCCUGUCGGACAGAGCCACGGGGCGGGACCACCAGGCUCUGCAGGGCACCCAGGGCGCCCGGGGCAGGGAGGCUGCAGAACGGUGCUCUCUGGGAUGCUCUCCUCUGCACUCACUGCCCCGGCCACCAGCGGGGGCUCGCCUUGUCCGGGUGGGCAAGGCAGUUGGUAUCACCAGCAAUACGGGACCCGCGUCCCUAGCACAGGACACAUGCACACCCUCCCCCACAUCACCUGCUUCUGGAAAGACUUUCGCAUCAAUUCUCCAAACAUGGCCCCCACCACACUGCUCCUUUACUUUUAACAUUCAGAGACCGCCCCCUCCCCCCUCGCCCCAGUCGCUGUCAGCAUCUUCCCUGAGUCACAUCCCCAACUCCUUGACCCCAAUUGAGGUGCCAAAUCUUCACCCGGGACUGCUGUGCAGCCUGGUGAAAGGGAGAAAGCCAUCACAGAGGAAGUGGCCUUACGGGGUACGAAUCACCUCCUGGGGGACACAGGGGAGGGGGCCUGACUUCAUCUCCAAAGUUCUACCUUCCUCGGGUAUCAAGGGCGCUUCUUAUCACACGAAGUAACCACAGUGUGAUGACUCUGCCACUCCCAUCACAGGUGGGGCCUCAGCUUACAGUCUUGGCAUUCUUUUGCUUUUUUAAAAAAAUGCACUUUUUUACUAUUCACCUCUCAUUCUAAGGAUGUGAGGUGGAUAGAAUAAAUCAGUACUUGCCUGAGUACUUUGGCUCCUCUGUUA